UACUACUUUCUAUUAUAUGUACUGCCCCUGUGGUGUACCUAGUCUUACCGCCCUGCUUGCUGUUUAUAAUAAUCCUACUAGAUUAAAUAAAAACGAAAAUCUCUAGUCUAUUAUAUAUAUUCUAUAGUCAUUCAACUUAAUUUCCUACUCUAUAGAAAUAACUUAAUUCUUAUCUCCUAAAAAAUGAAGUUCUUUUCAUUUCUUAUACUUUCUUCUUUAUCCAUUACUAGUGUUACAGCUGGUGGUCACUUCUAUUGCCGUUGCUUGAAUGGUCUCUCUUACGCUGCGAGCGCUACACGAGAGACUUGUGCCGAGAUUGAAGGUGCCUAUAUGGUUAGCCGUAGUGGUAUUAACGAAUGUAAACUUUCGAGGUUGUUACCGCGCCAAACUUUAUUCAAAAGACUUUGUGAAGGCCAUGAUUACGCUACUCAUGGAGAGUGUCAGUGGCGGAAAUAGAUAGCAGAGUAAUAUAGACAGGGAUAGAGUAAUUGUAUACUGGAACACAGACAGUAAUUGCGAUUCUUUUCAUAUUUGACGCCAUAGCGGUAAGGUCGCAGCAGUUGCCUGACUAAAACCCGCCGGUGGUUUCUUAUCGCCUCUAGAAUAAGCAUACUCCAGC